UCACAUCUAACCCUACCUCUCAUUUGUUCCUUACCAACGCUCUUCCGUCGGAGGACUUAGCUGCUUGAAUUUAGCAUUUCGGAUCGCAAGCUUCGGGUUGGGCGGCGACAAUGGCGGAGGAAGUGGAGAGCACCGUUACUGGUCUCGGAUCGGUUAUGGAGAAAGUAGCUGAAAAGCCUAAUGGUCACAAUUCGUCGUCUUCCGAUUCCGAUUCCGAGAAGCCAGUUACUUCGUCGAUGAAGGACAAAGUGUUUCGGCUUUUCGGGAGGGAGAGGCCGGUCCAUUCUGUUCUCGGCGGUGGAAAGCCUGCUGAUGUGUUGCUGUGGAGGAACAAAAAAAUAUCUGCCAGUGUACUUGGCACAGCCACAGCGAUUUGGGUGUUUUUUGAAUUGCUUGAAUAUCACCUUCUCACUCUAGUAUGUCACGUUCUGAUACUGCUUCUUGCAGUUUUGUUCUUGUGGUCCAAUGCCCAUACCUUCAUCAACAAAACUCCUCCUCGCAUUCCAGAGGUUCAUCUACCUGAGGAACCAUUCCUGCAAGUUGCAGCUGCUUUGAGAAUUGAAAUCAAUAGGGGAUUUGCUGUCUUGCGUAAUAUAGCCUCAGGGAGAGAUUUGAAGAAGUUCCUCAUUGUUAUUGCUGGCUUGUGGAUUCUAUCAAUUGUAGGAACUUGGUGCAACUUCUUGACCUUGUUUUACAUAUCCUUUGUUGCAUUGCACACAGUUCCUGUCCUGUAUGACAAGUACCAGGAUAAGAUAGACCCGUUUGCUGAGAAGGCUACCAUUGAGAUUAAAAAGCAGUAUGCUGUGUUCGAUGUUAAGGUCUUGAGUAAGAUGCCACGGGGUCCAUUGAAAGGCAAGAAGUCAGAGUAAUGAGUUGAAUGGCAAUGGUUUGAACCGUUAAAAAAUGUGGCUCCAGAUGUUUAAUUUAUUAGUUCUUUAGAGCCUUUGGUUUCUUUUGCCAGCCGUUGUUAGCUUUUGGGUUGGAUUUGGACGGGUAUGGUGGUACCCUUGGCUUCGUUUUCGGCUUCAAGCUGUAGCUUCGAAUUUCGCUUUCAUGCUAUGGUUUUUGCUGGCUUCUCACAUGUUAGACUUCUUAUAUCUGGUCUCUCAGUCAUCAAUUAUGUUAGUGAAAACUUAAUAUUUUUGUAUGUUACGGCUUCGUGCUCUUCUUGGUUUUAUAUGCGAGCAUGAAACUUCUUCUUGGGGAAAUAUUUGAAGCCCAUUGAUGAUUGAAAAAAAUGGGCUUUUCGCUA